AUGGCUGGACACAGGCUCUCAAACUUCUGCCCCCUCCCGGGCAUUGGCGGGGGCGGCCUCGGAGGGCCAGUACCGGUGCGGGUUGACCCUCCGACCUGGUUGAGCGCCCAGGCGGGCCCUGGCAAGCUGGUGGUCUGGCCAGGGGUCGUGCCGGUGAUCAGGCCGGGGGUCUGUCCAGGCCCUGAGGUUUGGGGUGUGCCCCUGGGACCCCCACUGUACGAGUUCCAGGGCGGAAUGGUGCCCUGCGGGUCCUGGCUGGGAGCUGGUGAGGCUGGGACCCGCUUCUGGAGCCCAUCCGAGGGCGCCGGCCCUGGGCCCUACAUCGCCCUGCGGUGCGUCCCGAAGCUGGCGCUGCCGGAGGACGUCUCCGCCAUUCAGAAAGAAGUGAAGCAGCUGGCCCAGGAGCUGAGACAGAAGCGGCUGACCCUGGGCUACUCACAGGCCGACGUGGGGUACGCCGUGGGAGCGCUGUUCGGGAAGGUGCUCAGCCAGACCACCAUCUGCCGCUUUGAGGCCCAGCAGUUGAGCCUGGCCAACAUGUGGAAGCUUCGCCCGCUGCUGAAAAUGUGGCUGGAGGAGGUGGAUGCGAAGAACCUUCUGGGCUUAUGCAAAAUGGAGAUGAUCCUGCAGCAGAGCCGGAAGCGGAGACGCGCCAGCAGGGAGAGGCGGAUCGGAAACAACCUGGAGAGACUCUUCCUGCAGUGCCCCAAGCCCACACCGCAGCAAAUCAGCCGCAUCGCGGGCCACCUGCGGCUGCAGCAGGACCUGGUCCAAGUGUGGUUCUACAAUCGCAGCAGGAUGGGCAGCCUGCCAAGCAGCGAGGCCUCAGCUCGCGAGGAUGCGGCGGCUGCCGGGCCGCCUUUCCCAGGCCCUCCGGUGUGCUUCCCGCUGCCACCGGGGCUCCACUUUGAGCUCCCCCACUGUGGGGGGUGCUGCUUUCCACCCCUGCACCCCUCCGCGCCUGUCCCCGCGGGGAUGGCCCUCCUGCCGGCCCCGGCCACCACCCUGGGCCUCCCCAGGCUUUCCAGCUAA